CUGCGCCUGCGCUCUGCUGGUACCGGAGCAGGCUGAGUGUGCAGAGAGUGGAGAGUCGGUGGUUGGGUGCGGGCGGUUUCCUGGCGGCGGUGCUGGACACAUCACACCGGGAAUUACAGCAAGGAUAUUAAGAGGAAGUUGAGUAGCAGUCGGGUGUGGGGGACACCCAGUAAGUAGCCGACACAAUGACUAGCGCCUUUCGGAAAGACUUGGACAAGUACAGAGAUAUGGAUGAUGAUGAACUUCUUGGGAACCUUUCGGAAGCUGAUCUGAAGCAACUGGAAAAUGUCUUGGAAGAGCUUGAUCCAGAGAAUGCAUUGCUGCCAGCGGGAUUUCGACAGAAGGACCAAACGGUUAAGAAAGGAACAGGUUCAUUUGACAGAGAGCAUCUGCUAGAGUUCUUGGAAAAGGAUGCUCUGGCACAAAAAGACAGGGAAGACUAUGUACCGUUUACCGGAGAAAAAAAAGGGAAAUUGUUUGUCCCCAAGCAAAAGCCCAAAGAUUUUUUAGCAGAGGAGAAGCUCUCUCUUGAUCCAGAACUGGAAGAGGCUUUGAGCAGUGCCACAGACAUUGAGCUGAGCGACCUUGCUGCUAUCCUUGGAAUGCCCAGCAUUUAUCCAAACAGCACUAGUAAUGGAUAUGAUAUUCAAGGAUUUCCCAAUGUUGUAAAGGCAGAACCAGUCAGACCAGUGUUUGAUGAACCACCAAACCCUACCAACGUAGAGGAGAGUUUGAAGAGAAUAAAGAACAAUGAUCCUCGCUUGGUUGAUGUUAACCUUAAUAAUAUAAAGAAUAUCCCAAUUCCUACCUUGAAAGAAUAUGCAAAGGCUUUAGAAUCAAAUACACAUGUAAAAACAAUCAGCAUUGCAGCAACAAGAAGCAAUGAUCCAGUAGCAGUAGCAUUUGCUGACAUGCUGAAAGUUAACCGAACUCUAAGGAGUUUAAAUAUUGAAUCUAACUUCGUCACUGGUGCUGGUAUUUUGGCCUUGGUGGAAGCACUUAAAGAGAACGAAACUUUACGAGAAAUCAAAAUUGACAACCAGAGACAGCAACUGGGAACUGGAGUGGAGAUGGAGAUUGCUCGACUGCUGGAGCUUAAUACAUCAAUUCUCAAAUUUGGAUAUCACUUCACACAGCAAGGGCCACGGACAAGGGCGGCUAAUGCUAUAACUAAAAAUAAUGAUCUGGUUCGCAAAAGACGUGUGGAAGGAGACCACGAGUAAGCUUUCUACUUUGAGAACAUUACUUAGAGGUUUCAACAUCACUGGUGAAUACAUGAGCUUCAUUCAGGUGUUAUAGUCUCUGACUUCACCUGGCUGGGAAGAAGGGAAGAUACUGGAAAACUACAGUUAGCUAAACGUUCUUUCACUAUUUUUUUGAUACACGUUGCUUCUUUUGAUCUAAACCCUAGCAGACCAUAAACUGUUGGAGAUUUGAAGAUUUUAGCCUACUCCUUGUGGAACUAUGAAUUUUAGUACUUUUACAGAUACAUUUCCAAGAUCGCCACCCAGAAAUGUCACGAAGAUGCUGGAUAGGAAGACUGAAACUUCUUAACUAUAGCUUAUAAUACUGGCGUUUACAACGGAAUGACUAGAUGACAAGAAUAUUCUUCUAUGUUUUCAGUUUGGAUCAUAUGAGGAAAGAUCUGCAAUGUACAACAUAUAGAAUUUGUAUCUCCUACACUGCAAUUGUUGGGACUAUGUUAGUUGCUUUCAAAUAAAUUGGUGAAUUUACACAUUGGCCCAGAUUUGCUAACAUUGGCGGAUUUUCAAAAUCCCUAUGCAUGAGUGUUUAGCUCUAACAUGCUACUAAGUCUGCUUGUUGUUUAGUUUAUUGGGUUGCUUUCUGUUGCACCAUGAACUGUAGGAAACCCCUAAGUAAAUAUGUUAGGACAUACGAAAAAUCAAAGGACAAGUCUCCUUUAGGGUAUCUAAGCUGCUUUGUCAGUCUCAGUGAAAAAUCUGAAAAAAAAAAAAAAAACUGCAAGAAUGUGUUGUCUUUCAAUUUAGAAUAUGUGGGCCAUUGUAUUCAUUCUCUGCAGUUGUUUCCUAGGUUUUAGGUAACAUGGCAUCAUCACAUUGUUUUGCCUAGCAAUGACUGGAUUCAUGCUGUUCAGUCAUCUUAGGCUAUGUGCACAAGGCAGAAUGUCCGCAUAGAUUUGUGAAUGUAACUUGACCAGAAUUCUGGAUCUUUCAAUCAUUUGCGGAAUCUAUAAUAAUUGAUGCGGAAUUCAUGUAGAAUUUCCGCAUGAAUUCACAGUACACGUAAAAAGAGUACCUUUAUUCAAUGCAAAAGGUAAAUUCCAGGCAAAUUCUGCACAAAAUCCGCAUUUAACGCAAAAAUAUGACAUGACUUAUAUUUUUGCGGAUUGUUGAAUUUUGGCUGCGGAGCGUCCGCAGCGAAAAUUCUGCUGUGUAAAUGGGACUGCGGAAUCCCAUUGAAGUAAAUUUGGCUUCAAAAUCAUGCAGAAUUUCCAUGCAUAUUUCAAUGCGGAAAUCCAUGUGGAAAUUCUACCAUGUGAUCAUAGUCUAAUAGUUGUGGCCAUGAUAGUGAUGCACAGAGUGGGAGCUGGAUUUGGCUUUAGAUUUCAGUUAAAUCUAUUUUGCAUCCUGUGAAGAUAUUAAAUAAUGAGAUUCUAGAAAUCUCAAUUCGACUAUAGCAAGCACUCCUACUCAGGAUAGAUUUCUUCUUCCUGUUAAGUUUUCUUUGAUAAAUACAUUAUGAAUCCUUGAGGGAUGGGUGUACAUUGUCUUGGUUUCUUCUUUUGCUGGAAACAAGUACGGUAAUUUGUAAAGCGAUCAUAUUGCACUUCUGCAAUGUCUUCAGGGAAACAAUGUACCAAAUAUACAUUCUCAGGAAAUGAUAUACCUGGGAGUACCUAAUAUAUCUUAGGAUUUAUGUCUUACCUUAUGUAUCUAUGACUAUCCCAUGCCAGGGAACUAUAGACCUGGAAAUAUCUGUCUUAACCUUCUAUGAUUCCAUAUACAGCCCAUCAGGGGAAAUAACAGCCCUGGGAAUAUAUAUAUAUAUAUAUAUAUAUAUAUAUAUAUAUAUAUAUAUAUAUAUAUAUAUAUAUCUUAACCAAACUUUCCAUCUUGGGGAAUUAUAUGUCUGGUAUAGUUAGUAUGUCUUCGUUUUAUAUGCCUCUGAAUAUCAUACCGAGGAAAUAUAGACUUGAAUAGUCAAAACAUGUUAAUAUCAUCAUAUAUCUCCAGUUAUCCUGUCCCAGGGUACCACAGACAAGAGAAUACUUAUUUCACAAGUUCCAUUGCCUCCAAAUAUCCCAUGAAACUAUAGAAAUUUUAACCUUUUUUUAUAAACCCUUCUCAGAUAAAAUAUAUAUGUAUAGAUAUAUUCUUGAAUGAAUAGAUAGCCAUAAUAAAUGUAGCCUUUUAGCCAUUUAGAUGAACCUACAGAACUCCAUGUUUAAGGCAACAUUUUACUUUACUUCCUUUACCAUCCUUGAUUUAGAUGCUGAACAUAUGUACAUUGGCUGUAUUGUAUUGUUUUUUUUCUCCAUUUUAUUUUUUGUUAUAGUGUACACAACAUUCAUUUAAGGGUGCCAAACACUGUAUUCUGGCGGUAUAUAUUUGUAUGUAUUAUACUUAAUACUUGUUAAGGAGAGAACUUCAAAUUUUCAGCAUUUAUAAAUAAAGUUUGUUUUUCAAAUUGUUGUUUUUGUG